GUACGACGCUGCUGCAUUAAUGCUUUUUUCUACUUUCUCUCUCUUCACCUUGUGAGCCUGUGGGGUCUCUUCCAUGUCUUGUCCAAUUCCAACUUACUCUCUCUCUCAGUGCUCUCUGUCUUUACUCCACAAUCUUUACUCCACAACCGGGUAUAUUUUCUCUCUCUCUCUAGGAUAAUGGUAUGGGUGCUUCUCACUUUCCCAUUUCUCUUUCUUUUAAGAACCCAAAAUUGUGCUAUUCUCAUGGACCCUGAGAUGCCUCGGAGAAGAAGUGAGCUGCUGGGUAGUUAGGGAGCAAGUGUAAGUAAGCGUUUCUACAUAUUCUUCUUUGUUUUUCAGCAUCUGGGUUGGCUCCAGUUUUUGCGUUCUGUCAAAGACCAAGGUUCGUUUGGCUGUUCGGAAGUGGGGAACCCUUUGGUGUUGUGCUGCAGUAGUAGAUAAAGGAUAAGUUUUUCUGUGUGUUGGAGGCUUUAGAAUGAUACAUGAUGAAGAGUUCAAGUUUCAACAAAUGGGCAGUGGAAUUUGCACUUGGAAAUGAAGGAGAGGCAACGUUGGAAAGCUGAAGAGGAUGCUUUAUUAUGUGCUUAUGUCAGACAGUAUGGUCCUAGGGAAUGGAAUCUUGUGUCUCAGCGCAUGAACACACCACUUAACAGAGAUGCAAAGUCAUGCUUAGAAAGGUGGAAGAACUACCUCAAGCCUGGCAUUAAAAAAGGAUCUCUAACUGAAGAAGAACAGCGUCUGGUGAUUCGCCUUCAAGCAAAACACGGGAACAAGUGGAAGAAGAUUGCUGCAGAAGUACCGGGUCGCACUGCCAAGAGGUUAGGCAAGUGGUGGGAAGUAUUCAAAGAGAAGCAACAGAGAGAAAAACAGGAGAUUAACAACAGAACAGUUGGUUUAGUUGACAACACCAAAUACGAUCAUAUACUUGAAACUUUUGCUGAGAAACUAGUGAAAGAACACCCUUCACCAUCAUAUCUUAUGGCUGCUUCUAAUGCACCAGCACCUGCAUCAGCUUUGCUUCCUCCUUGGCUUUCAAACACUAACAAUAAUCAAGCUGUUAGGCCACCUUCCCCUUCUGUGACACUAAGUCUCUCUCCCUCCACAUGGUUGCAACACGAAAGAGGACCAGAGAAUGCUCCUCUUGUUUUGGGGAAUGUAACACCUAACAUGCUCAUGUCUGAGUUAGGGGAGUGUUGUAAAGAGUUGGAAGAAGGGCAUCGCGCUUGGAUGGCGCAUAAGAAGGAGGCAGCAUGGAGGUUAAGAAGAGUGGAGUUGCAGUUGGAGUCAGAGAAGGCGAGUCGAAUGAGGGAGAAGAUUGAAGAAAUGGAAGCAAAGAUUAAAGCUCUUAGGGAAGAACAGAAUGCUGCUUUGGAUAGAAUUGAAGCAGAUUACAAGGAACAGUUAACUGGAUUGCGGAGAGAUGCAGAAACCAAGGAGCAGAAGUUGGCUGAGCAAUGGAAUACAAAGCACUUGCGCCUUGUAAAGUUCAUGGAGCAAGUGGGAUGCAGACCUUGGCUUGCUGAGCCUAAUGGGAGAUGAAGAUAUGAUUCAGAACCAAUAUCUGAUUUUGCUCUUUAGGCUUGAAUCAUAUAUGCAGUUAUUCUGAUUAUAGUUUUGAUCUUGUGCCUAGUCUCUAGUUUUAUUACAUAUUUCUAUUAUUAUUAUUAUUGUCCUCCUACUUAUUCUUGAGGAAUUUGUAUUAGGAGCUGACCAUGCACACGCUUAGUUUUCCAUGAGUUGCAUCCAUCUUUAAGAAUAUGAACUUAAUUAUAUUCUAGUUUUUAUGCGAGCUAUUGUACGUAUAGUUUAUUUCUUG